CACUCAACUUCCGCGACAGAGUGUGACUGCUUCCGUGUUGCCCCACGUUUUCGCAGGAGAUAGAGGUGUACGUUGAUUAAAUUUGGGUUUAAAUCGUAAGGAUGCGGCCACUAACAGACGAAGAGACGAAAACUAUGUUCGAGAAGCUUUCGAAAUACAUCGGUGAAAACAUCAAACUUCUCGUGGACCGACCCGACGGUGCCUACUGUUUCAGGCUACAGAAUGACCGUGUGUACUACAUGAGCGAGAAAAUUCUGAAGUUGGCCACAAACAUUUCCCGGGACAAGCUCGUGUCAGUGGGAACAUGUUUUGGAAAGUUCACAAAGACCAAUAAGUUCCGCCUGCACAUCACAGCUCUGGAUUUCCUGGCGCCCUAUGCGAAGUUCAAGGUGUGGGUGAAACCUGGAGCAGAGCAGUCUUUCCUCUAUGGGAACCAUGUACUAAAAUCUGGGCUUGGGAGAAUCACUGAGAACACUAUGCAGUAUCAGGGAGUGGUGGUCUACUCCAUGGCUGAUGUACCCCUGGGUUUUGGUGUGGCUGCAAAGUCCACCCAGGAGUGUCGGCGAGUGGACCCCAUGUCCAUCGUAGUGUUCCACCAGGCCGAUGUGGGAGAGUUCAUUAGGAAUGAAGACACAUUAACAUAAAGAUGCACCAACAACUGGACUGUCAGAUGCCCUUUUUUAAAAACACACAUUUCAUACCCAGUAACAGUUGCUGAAAUUCACACCGACAACAGCUGCUGUUUUCUUUUCACAAGAGUGGUUGGAUGAAAAUGCCAGGCACAACUGCCCAUGUUUCUAAUUCAGUUUAGGGACUGAAACAAAGACUCUCUUGACUCACCUUGAGAUACUACGACUACUAUCCGAAGGAUUCCCUUGUCACCGAGCCUCCUGAUACCUUCAGUCUGGCUAUUGGUCAAAUCUCAUCAAAAUGAAGAGAAAAGCUUUUCUUGUGUUUCUCUUUUGUAAAUGUCAUCUUUCAAAUAAAUCUUUAAUGUCUUUGUA